GUACCGAACGGCUGCCGACUGCCUGAUCCAGAUUAUAGGUCAGCCGUCCGCCCUAAGUCUUCCCUGGGAGCAGAGGCAGCGCUGUGUGUGUGUGUGUGAUUGUGUGUGUGUGUGCGCGCCAUGCCCGCAGCGAGCCGCCCGCCACCAGACAGCAGGGGUCCAGGACCGGGCCGCGGGGAGACAUGGCCCUCCGUCGAUGGGCCCUGCUGGUCUGCCGGCGCCGCCCCACCCCCACCGCCCUCCUGGUGGCGCUGGGGGUCACCGUGCUCCUCGCUCUACUGCCGCUACGACCGUCCAGCCGUUCCUGGAGGAUAACAUCAGGGGAGGUGAGAGAGGAGAGGCCCGGCGAGAAGCCAAGCAGAAGGGGCUCCCCGGUGGGCCUGGGCUCUGAUUGGCCAUGGAACACCACCCAGCAGACCCGGGUCACCUCCCCUCCCGUCGUGUUCAUCAAAACCACCAAGACGGGCGCGGGCACGGUGCAGAACCUGCUGUUCCGCCUCGGGGAGAGAGAGGGUGCCACCUUCGCCUUCCCUCGCGACAGCUUCACGUUCAGAUACCCUCACAAGUUCCGGGCGGACUUCGUGGAGGAGCUCCCUGAAGGCUCCUCCCAGUUCGACCUGCUGGUCAGCCCGCUGAGGCUCCACCUCCCCGCACUCCGUCAGGUCAUGCCCCCGGACGCCGUCUACGUCACCGUGAUCCGCGACCCCGUUGCCACCUUCGAGUCCGUCUUCUCCACCCACGCCUCCGAGGUUCCCGCCUUCCGGCUGGCCCGGGCCGCCGCCGCCGCCACCGUCGCCGCCACCGCCCCGCCCACCACGCCCCUGGAGCUCUUCCUGGAGACCCCGGAGCGCUUCUGGGACCCCGGUCGCCCCGGCAACGGCCUGGCCAGGAACCCCAUGAGCUUCGACCUGGGGCUGGACUCGGCGGCGGGGGCGGCGGGGGGGAACUCUUCGGCGUGGGAGGCCGAGCUCGCGGCACUGGAGGCGGGGCUCCGGCUGGUGCUGAUCGCGGAGCACCUGGACGAGUCGCUGGUGCUGCUGGGCGCCCUGUUGGGGCUGGAGGGGGAGGAGCUGGCCUCGGUCCGCCUCAACGCCCGCACCCUGAGCCACGUCACGCCGCUGGGGCCCCGGGCGCGGCGCCGCGCGCGGGCCUGGAACGCGGCCGACGCGCUGCUGUACGACCGCUUCCUGCGGCGGCUCUGGGAGCAGGCGGGGCGCUACGGGGCGGAGCGGCUUCGGGGGGAGGUGGCCCUGCUCAGGGCCUCCACCGAGAGGGUCCGGCGGCGGUGUGUGGCCCGGGGCGGCGUGGCCCCCGGGGGCCUGGAGGAGCUGCUGAGGCCCCGGCAGAGCCCCGGGGCCACGGUGCUGGGGUACCAGCUCAGGGCCGACCUCAGCCAGCAGGAGCUGGGCUUCUGCGUGAGGCUGGUGCUGCCGGAGAGGCAGUACCACGCACACCUCUACUUCCAGCAGUACGGGAGGGACCUGAGGCCUAGCUCCACCUCUAACCCCACCCCCAACUCCACCCGCCGCAGUACGGGAGGGACCUGAGGCCUAGCUCCACCUCUAACCCCACCUCUACCUCUACCCCCAUCAGUACAGGAGGGACAUGAGGCCGACCUCCAGC